ACAAGCCAAGAAGUCGUUCUUCUGCAACACCAACACAACACGAUACAUCAUCAGCACUGAGGAUAGGACAAUAACUCUAUCGACCUGGACCACUCCACCAACCUCGACUCUCGCCUGUCUGCUACGGCAUCAACAUACACCAUCAUGCCUUCAGCACGCCCUUCCUCUGUUCACUACGGCAGCUCCUCAUCCUCUUCCAGCUCAGACUCAGAUCUCUCCGCAGCAUCUGCUUCGUACCGCCCCAGCAUGGAUUCGGCACCCAUCGUCGUCUCAGUCGAGACGAUUCGCUGCAUGCGGUGCGCAUCUGCCACCGAGAUGACUUCAACGGACGACCCCAGCUCAUACGGCAUGGUUCGCAUCUCCACCAAUCUCUACUACUGUGAGAGGUGCGCCAAGAAGACUGGCUUCACCUGA